CGUCCUUAAUCUCAUAUACACUAUUUUCAGGGUGAAUGCAUUAGACUCUGUCUCAAAAUAUCUUACUUUGAAUUACAAAAAAUACGAAAUUAAUAAGUCAAAUGUAAGACUCCUCCUUCAUGAGCUCCACCUCUUUCCGGACAUAACAAAGAAUCUAUUCAUAACAUAAGUCAACAAAAUGUCAUUUUCAACUUCUUGUCAUCUAUGCAUUGCCACACAAAGACACAAAGAGACAUACGUGUCUUAUGGCAUAUACGAGAUGGUGAGAGAUGGGAUCUUUUACUGUCUUUUAGUUGUGGAUAAGGAAUCUGCAAAAACCAAUGCUUCCUUUUUUUUCAUUAAAAGAAAAAACUAAUAAGUAUAUAUAAAAUAUAGAAUGUGGGAAUAGAGAGAAAAUUACUGCACUUAUCGGAUAUUAAUGUUUGAUGGCUCCGGCGAGUCCAAGAGUAGUGGUGAAGGUGGAUUUGAAGAAGAAACCAUGGCAACAGAAUCAGCCACUGCAUAAUAGAUGGCAUCCUGAGAUACCAUCAGUUGCUGAGGUCAUGGCUGGUGAGUUCUUUAGGGUGGAAAUGGUUGAUUGGACGGGAGGUGCAGUGAAAGAUGAUGAUUCUGCUGGCGAUAUUAAGAGCAUAGACCUUUCUACUGUUCAUUACCUGAGUGGACCGAUCAAAGUUGUGGAUGAGGAAGGUGUUGCAGCCAAGACCGGUGAUCUUCUUGCUGUUGACAUAUGCAACUUGGGUCCUCUUCCAGGAAAUGAAUGGGGCUUCACUGGUUCGUUUGAUAGAGAGAAUGGCGGCGGGUUCUUGACUGACCAUUUCCCUUGUGCAACCAAAGCUAUUUGGUACUUUGAAGGGAUUUAUGCCUACUCUCCUCAAAUUCCUGGAGUACGGUUUCCAGGUUUGACACAUCCAGGAAUCAUUGGCACUGCACCAUCAAAAGAACUCCUGAGAAUUUGGAAUGAAAGGGAAAGACAUUUAGAAGAAAGUGGUCUCAAAUCCCUAUCACUAUGCGAGGUUGUGCAUCAGCGGCCACUGGCAAACCUACCAACAAGUAAAGGAUGCCUCCUCGGGAAUAUUGAAGAGGGAACACCAGAAUGGGAAAGGAUUUCAAAGGAGGCUGCAAGGACAAUACCAGGAAGAGAAAACGGAGGAAACUGUGACAUAAAGAACCUAAGCAGAGGCUCUAAAAUAUAUCUUCCAGUGUUUGUAGAAGGGGCUAAUCUAAGCACUGGUGACAUGCAUUUCUCACAAGGUGAUGGUGAGAUCUCAUUCUGCGGAGCCAUUGAGAUGAGUGGAUUUCUAGAACUCAAGUGUGAAAUCAUAAGAAACGGGAUGCAAGAAUACCUUACACCAAUGGGACCAACCCCUCUCCAUGUAAACCCAAUCUUUGAGAUAGGGCCAGUGGAACCGAGAUUCUCAGAGUGGCUGGUCUUUGAGGGUAUCAGUGUCGAUGAGAGCGGGAAACAACACUACCUAGAUGCAACAGUUGCUUACAAACGAGCAGUUCUCAACGCUAUAGAUUAUCUCUCCAAAUUUGGUUACUCAAAAGAACAGGUAUACCUAUUACUCUCAUGCUGUCCGUGCGAAGGAAGAAUAUCUGGGAUAGUCGAUGCUCCAAAUGCCGUUGCUACGCUUGCAAUACCCACUGCCAUCUUUGAUCAGGAUAUUCGGCCAAAGACUCGAAAAGUUCCAGCAGGACCUCGCAUAGUGAAGAAGAAACCAGAUGUUCUGAAGAGCACAUACGAUGGAAAACUUCCAAUUACAAAGAAUCCAACUUCUUUUUUUCAUCUUAGCUUCUACAAAGAGAAAUUACAUCUAGAAACUAAUAACUAAUCUGUAUUAAUCAAGCAUAUGCUCUGAAUAAUAAUAAUUAAAAAAAAAAAAACCAUAACUUUGGUAUAAUAAA